UUUCUCUCACUACAUUAUUGUUGUUCAUCUUUGAAAUAUCUCUCUCUCUCUCUCUCUCUCUCUCCCCGCUACUUGGUCUUUGCCAAACUGUGAAAGUCACUUGAAGAACAAACCAUCCCCCAUAAGCAAACACAAUUCAAGAAGAUUGUCAAAAGUUUUCCUAUAAAAAAUCUGUUCACUUGAAGAGAAUCCGGUGGCCGUCGUCGGCGCCGAUAAAGAUGUCGGCACGGGUGGUGGCGGAAGCCGCGCAUUUGCAGGAUGGCAGUCAAGAAGCUGCGGAAGCGGAUGGAGGCCACGGUCGUCAUCAUCAGUAUGAUCAGUACAGCCACAUGCUGAACUACUACUGCAGAAGUGGCGCCGGAGGGACGAGCGAGAUCGAGGAGGAGGAGCACUCGAGCGAGCUCUUCGAGAUCGGCAGCGGGAGGACGGCGGCGGUCGGGGAGGACACGGCGGAAGGGAUGAGCUUGUUCUCGUUCGACAUACACAACGGCUGCGGCGGCGACAGCAGCAGCAGCGCAUGGGAAGGCGGCGGCGGGGAGUGUGUGUACGUGGCAGUGGGAGCGAAGAGCGAGACGAGCAUGGGCGCGCUGACGUGGACGCUGAAGAACGCGGUCGCCGACCGGGCGCACACGACCGUAUUCCUCGUGCAUGUCUUCCCUGAGACCCGCUUCAUUCCGAGCCCAUUAGGAAAUCUACCCAUAUCUGGGGUGAGUGAAGAGCAAGCAGAGACGUUCAAGGAGCAAGAAAGAGGCAAGAGGAGCCAACUUCUGCAGAAGUACCUCAACACUUGCAUUUCCUCAAAGGUUAAGGUGGACACCAUUCUCAUUGAGAGCGACAUGGUUGCCAAGGCCAUCCUGGAGCUCAUUCCUGUCCUCAACAUGACCAAGUUGGUGGUCGGCACAGCCAAAUCCAAUUCGAGGAGGUUGAAAUUAAGGAAGGGAAACGGGAUUGCUGAUCAGAUACUUCAGAAAGCACCUGAGACAUGUGAGGUCAAAGUCAUAUGCGAAGGAAAGGAGGCGAUACUCGAGCAGACCGCGAUGGAGUCGCAGUCCCCGCCUUCGCACAGCAAGCCACCCACCCCUUCACGGGGGAAUCCCGACCUGCCCAAGCCGAUGCAGGAAGGGAAUCAGCGGGCGGACUAUUUCUCGUGCAUGUGUUUCAAACGGAAGGCCGCUUGAUGAGGUGAAGAUCGAGUUCGGCUGCGAAGGGUCUGUGAAUCGAGCGCAAUCAGCACGUACAUUGAUUUCCAGCCAUGUUGUACUCAUUCAUGAUACACGCAUGACAUGAAGGCCCCCUAAUUGUAAAAUGGGACUCAUGGUCGUCUUGACCAUUUUCUCCCUACGUGCGCAGUCAUAUGAUGCU